UUACAAACAUCUAUUUAUCAAUUCAAACAAUCCCGUCAACGGAUUGGAUUCGACUCAGAUAGAUUUGGAUGUAAUGUAUUGUAUUAUAUGAGGUGCAAAAUAUAUUAAAUAUAGUUAUUAAAUGGUAAUGUUACAAACAUCUAUUUAUCAAUUCAAACAAUCCGUCAACGGAUUGGAUUCGACUCAAAUAGAUUUGGAUAUAAUGUAUUGUAUUAUAUGCAUGUCUAGAGGAUGAAUUGGAUGGAAUAAGUGAUUUACCACCUCAAAAUUGGUUAUAUGAAUGAGAGAUACUGUAGUACGCUUGAGAGGAUAAGUUUGUAGGAAAUUUUGGAUUUUCUUUAUAUUUCUAUUAGUAUGCCUCGAGGAAGGGUUCUGCUUGGGGUUUUUUCCCCGGAAAAGUAGGAGAGGCGACGGAAAACUCCUAAGUUAGGGUUUACAUCACCUAUCAUAGCGGUGACUACACCGCUUCCUUGGGGGGGGGGGGGGGGGGGGGGGGGGGGGGCUCUGGCCCUCCAAACUCAGCUAACAACAUUGCAGGACAAAGGCGUCCACCAUCGGUAACGUCGUCCCCCGACCCUAAGGGUGACAAAGAGAUGCAACAAAGUAAGAAGCGGGUGGAACUUACGGUACAACCGAUACCGAUGGGUGAAAUAAACCAUAAAAUAUUAACUGAUGCUCCGGAAGCGCAUGAGAAACGGUCGGAGACAAAAAAAUACGACGAAAACAGCCUGGAAUUCGGGUUCAGGUGCGGCGAGACGGCUUUUCAGCGAUGUUCUGAAAACGGAUACUUGGUAUGUGGCGGAUUCCGAUUCGGAGGAAGUUGCAGAAGCCAUGAGAUAAGAUGGAAUGGACGAGGGUUUUGGCGAUGAGGAAGAGGAUCCUGUAUGUACUCCGAUCCACUUUACCGUAGCUGAGGAGAGGAGAUUUUGCAGGGCAUACAUAUCAGCAUUGGUUGUCAAAGUUCUAGGAAAUCGGUUUCAUACACUGGAAUCUCCAACAGAUUGAAUGUGAUUUGGGUAAAGGCGGGCGGUAUCCAAGUUGCAUCGGCCAAGAACGGGUAAUACCUAGUUCGGUAUACAAGCGACAUUGACUAUGAACGAGCAGCAACGGUAGGGCCGUGGCUGAUGGGGGACUAUUACUUAACUGUUCAUAUGUGGGACCAGCACUUCGACCCUAUCGCCAUGAGAUCCUGUCUACAAUGGUUUGGGCUCGACUCCUGGAACUCCCGGCUCACUAUUUUCAUCCGGAUGCGAUGAUGAAAAUAGGGAAAUAGAUUGGUAAGCCGCUUCGAGUGGACCAUACAACGAGUACAGGAGCGAGACUGGAUUACGCCAUUGUCUGUGUCCAGGGGAAUCUCACUAAGCCGCUAUUGUCUCAGUUUAAGAUCCAUGGAAUCAAAUAUUAUAUUCAGUACGAGGGUCUGGAGCGAAUCUGCCAGAAGUGUGGUACUUAUUCGGAACGGGGACAAUGCUCUUGUGACGAGACAACAGAGACUAUGGAACCGGUGAAACCGAAUGAGGUCGAGAUUCCUAGGUAAACGGGAACCAGAGUCUUCUCCCAAGGAUUCAGAACAUGUAUAUGGGGAUUGGAUGAUUGCAAAGAAAAAUCCAAGGAGUCGUCGCGAAAACGUCACUACUACAUUCAGACUACAUAAUGAACAAGAGCCCGGUUACACCGCGAGCAAGAGUUGAGGAUCCAGAUUCAAUGUGCUGCUGGUGGAGGAGACUAUGGAGCAUGCAGUGGAACACCAGGAAAUGGGCACGACGAGUGUGAGGGGCAGCCAUUCGAGGAGUAGGGUAAGAUCGGGUACAACGAAAACACACUAGAAGGAAAAAAACGGAUGGGAAGCAACAGGAGGUGGAGGAUGAAGUCCGCAGUGAGGCAGUUGGAAAGAAUAGCCAAGAUCCCAAAAAACAUGGUUCCGCAAGAAGCCUAGCCAUAAGAGAUAGUGGAAAUGGCCCAGGGGUGAUUGCUAGCUUGGCUCAAACAACUACGUCGGGGCAUGCAGCGAUAGCGCAUAAUGAUGGACAAGGAGACUCGAUCAUGACUUAACCUAGUCAUGCUACAGAGGAGUUGGAUACUAGCAUGGUGAGGCAAGGACAUGAAACAAGACCUCCGAAGGACAGUCGUAGACAUAGUGAAGUGUGACAUAAUUUGCUACAUGAAAAGCAUAUUACAGGAUCAAUACUAGGAGAGCCAAACGGCAGCCUCGCACUUGAUGCUUCACUAUCAGGCACGUAAUUUGGCGCAAGCUAAGGACCUACCAGUUCCUGUUGCAAUGAAGCUAAAUAUUUUUACGUGGAAUUGUAGGGGUGCGGGAAGCAAGCGCUUUUUGAGAAUGUUUAGAGAAUAUCGGAGAAAACAUUGUCCGUGUAUCAACAUAAUAGUAGAGCAUAGAAUCAGUGGGGAUAAGGCGCUGCAAUCCGUGCAUGAGUUGGGAUACGACAAGGAGUUGAUUGUUGAUGCAGUGGGUUUCUCUGGCGGUAUAUGGAUGGUUUGGGAUUCGUCGAUUGUUACCAUUACAGAGGAGGAUAGAUCAGCUCAAUUUCUUCAUGUCCAAGUCCAAAGUGGUAACGAUAGGUGGCUACUCAUAGCAGUUUACGCGAACCCCACACUAAUACAAAGGCGCGAACUGUGGCAGUCAAUUAGAUCACUGUCGGAAGAUAUACAUGAUUUGUGGGCUCUCAUGGGUGACUUCAAUUCUAUCUUAUAGCUCUCAUAUAAAAUGGGAGGAGCACCUUUCGACGCCAGUCGCGCCCGUGACUUUUAGGAUUUCAUCUCAGAUGCCGGGUUGGUGGAUCUUGUAUUCACUGGUCCACCGUUUACUUGGUUCCGGUCAGGGACGAAGGAGAGACUAGAUAGAGGAUUGGGCAAUUUAGCGUGGUCGUCCCUAUUCCCAGAAUCCAGUGUGCGGCAUCUUCCUCGAGUCAAGAAAAGUGAUCAUCGUCCGAUAGUAUUGCAAUUGAACCCGAGCUUCCAGCCAAUUGGUCCUAAACCCUUUAAAUUCAUGGCGCCUUGGUUAACCCACGCUGGGUUUAAGGAGAUGGUAGAACGUGCAUUGAAGAGAGGAACCAGGUUACUGAAUGCCAUUGCGGAAUUCUCUAUGGAAGCCAAACGUCGGAAUUAUACUACUUUUAUCAUGAGAAAAAAGGACUUUCUCAUGCUCAUGAUCGAAAGGCUUGAGUUAACGUAUGGGGGGAGUCAGAUUGUGUAGAGCUACGGGAGGCCAGGGACGAGCUGGAAGAAGUCUUAUUCCAGGAGGAAUUGCUAUGGUGCCAAAAGUCGAGGGAAGAAUGUAUGUAAAAGGGCGAUCGUAACACAUAUUAUUUCCCCACGCGGACUGUCUAGCGCCGCCGGCGGAAUAGGGUGCGGCUUUGAAGAACGAGGUGGGAGAGUGGAUCGAGGAGCAAGAGGAACUCCUCCAGAUGGCAAGAAAUUUCUACUCGAUCCUGUAUACAGAUGAUGGACUCCCUAUAGUGACGAUCCCAACAGCAUUUGGAGUGCUCCCCACUCAGCAGUGGAUGCUUCUUGCAAAUCAGUUGACGGAGGAGGAGAAUAUAUUGAUAAGAAAAUCCGAUGGUUUCUCUGGGGAAGUUCAGAACAAGGGAGGAAGGUUCAUCUACUAGAUUGGGAUUCAGUCUGCAAACCUAAAGAUGAAGGAGGGCUGGGGUUGCGAACUGCCACAGAUAUAAAUGAGGCAUUUAUGCUCAAGGUGGCGUGGCGACUUCUCUCAGAACAGGACAACUUAUGGGCACGAGUUGUUAGGGGGAAGUAUCUUAAGCAAAUGAAAGAGGGUGGCAGGAGAGAAGGGAAGGGAAGUUAUCAAAUCUGUGGCGGGGAGUUCUACGUGUUCUCCACCGAUUACCGGAGGGGAUAUUGUGGAACAUUAGAAGUGGCAUGCAAACAUGUUUUUGGACUGAUCACUGGCUCCAAGAAGGGCCUCCAAUGGUGGAUUUCGCACCAAACUUACUGGUCGAGGCUAGGGGCUUGAAGGUUGCGGAAAUGGUGUUAAAUGGAGGUUGGAAUAUGAAUUUCGUCAGAGCUUUCUUACCCAAACUGAUGGUUGAUCAACUCCUUCUACAUCCUGUCCCCCAUGAGGAUGGGUCUUAUACCGACGUGGGAGCUAUUGCGCAGCGAGGAGGUGGCAGGGACGCGUAAUCCGGUGUGGAAGGCAGUCUGAAAGAUACCAGGGUCGCAACGCACACAAUCAUUUAUGUGGCUUGUUCUUCACAAUAGAUUACUCACUAAUCGUGAGCGUUGCAGAUGUCAUAUGGCACAUGAAGAUAAAUGUUCUAUUUUUGGUGGUGGUCCUGAGACGAUGAUACAUAUAAUACGGGAUUGUCUGUAUGCUCGUAUGGUGUGGUCAAAAUUUUUAGAUGGGGAAUCCGAUGAAGCUUUUUUCAAGGAGGACGUGAGCCAAUGGGUGCUUCAUUAUACUCAGGACGCACCUCAAUUAUCGACCUGACGCUGUUCACUGUACUUGGAUGUAAACUCUGGAAGAAUAGGAAUCGCUGGGUCUUUUAGAAGUAGCUUGCCUCGGCCGCCCAACUCACUGCUAUAGUCCAAAUGUGGUGUACCCAAGUGUCGACUAUAGCUGCCAGUAUGAGAAGGGUGAUCAGGGAGAGUAAUAUGCGCAGCCUGAGACUAGUUAGCUAGCAGAGGCCUGAGAGUGAUUGGUUUUGUGUGAACACGGAUGAAGUUGUUAUAUUGAGUCAGGAAAGCACAACGGCAGGGGGCGUGUUGUGACGAAAUGAUGGCAGAUUUUUAUCAGCUUUCUCCGCCAACUUGAGUGGAGGUUCUAUAACUCAUGUUGAACUGUCAGGUAUAGUCCUUGGACUUAGGAUGGCUUGGGAGAAAGGAGUAAGAAAGGUGGAGCUGCAAACUGAUUCCAUGUCGGCGGUGCAACUUCUACAAACUGAAGCAGAGAGCCACCCGCAUCAAACGCUUAAUAGCACAGCUCGCUGGCUGUUGGAAAGGAAUUGGGAGGUCCGUAUUAAGCUUGUUUUCCGGGAAGGUAACUAUGUUGCUGAUUAUUUGGCCGGCCUGGGCCACUCUUUGUCUAUUGGGUGUCAUGUGUUCAACAACCCAAGUCAGAUGCUCAAGUAUUGGUUGUACUUUGAUGUUAUUGGAGUUCACACUCCUCUACUGAUUAAUGAUUAAGGGCUAGAGCGCCCCACUGCGCUUUAGAUUACACACAAAAAAAGUAUGCCUAGAGGAAAAGAAUAGUAUUAUUAAGGUAUUGUUUGCUUGUGGGAUUUGGGUGAUACAAAUCUAUUGUUUGCUAAGGGACAAAAAUCUGGGCGCCCACGGAUUUGGAUACAUUUUUUAGAUCCAAAUCUGUGGACUCCACGGAUUUGCAAAUCCCAUAUUUCAUUUGGGAUUUGAUAAUGGAAGGCAAAGUUGUGAGAGACAUCCAUCAUAAAUUCAUGAUAAAAAUUAACUAAACAAACAAUGUACUCUUUCAAAUUCAUAAUGCAACAAAUCCAUCAUAAAUUCAAAGGUUUUUAAAACUCAAAAUCCUCAUUUUUAAAUCCAACAAGCGAACAAACCCUUAAAUGUUUGUAUUGCAUGCAUGAGCACUUCUACUACGCUAUAUAGCAUUGGUACUUUAAUGUACAACUCAAAGUUGUACCAUAACAUAAAAUGUAUAAGUUUAGGUUGUACCAUAAAGCAAUUUGUACCAUUAUGUUAUGAUACAACUUUACAACUUGAAGUUGUACCAUCACAUAAAUGUACAAGUUCAAGUUGUACCAUAUAAAAGAAUUUGUACAAAAAGUAUAGGUACAAUAAGAAGUUGUACCAUAACGUAAAUGUACAAUUUUAAAUUGUACCAUAAAAACAAAAACCUAUAGCACCAAUACUAUAUAGUAUUGUAAAAUUUCUCUUGCAUGCAUAACUUAUGUUUGCCUUUUUCUUCGUUAGAAAAGCAUUAAAUCUGAACGUGGAAUCACCUUCCAUUAUUUCAAAUUUUCAACCGUGAAACAAGCUUUUCACACUAUUUCUACCCAAAACAAUGAACUAACAAUCUUGCACCUAGUUUCCACCGGUUUUAAGGAAUGAUCAGUGAUCACGCACCAAAACAAAACUUUUGUUUGUUCUAAGAACUGUAGUAAUGCACAUUAUCAACAGGGGCCCGACCAGGAAGAAUUAGGAGACGAUGGCCCUGGCCCAGCCGUUUCAAUGAUUUGCUGUACAUGAACAAUGAAAGAAAGCACCUGCCUGCCCCCACAUCUUGUUUAGUUUCAUGCCUUGUUAUUUCAUUUCAUUUCUUCAUGAUGAUGGGUUUUGUUUUGUGAAGUGUCACUUUUGAUGAUAUGAUUGGUGUUGUUUGGGUUUGUAGCAUGACGAGACCGCCUAACUUGGGACUUGCCCACAAUUUGGUCUCUGUUCCCUUAAAAAUGAAGUUAAGCAACAAAGCAAUUGAUUAAGGUCGAUGACUUUAGAGGAGCAGUACUGAGCUUAUUUGGAAGCAUACCAACCGAUCUUUUUUUAUGCCACACUCUUCCGUCACUAUUUUUCUCAUCACAGUAACCUGCACCGCAUGUACAGUCUAUAUGGUGACCUCUUAGGAGUCUUGUAAAUCGGAUCUUGGUGUUUUGCCCCAUGGUCGAUCCCCAAAUACUAACACUUGGCUGGACAAAGACAAUAAAACAUCGUCAAGACGACUCGAACACGAAAACUCUAAUAAAAGAGAUAUGAGAUAAAUUAUACUGAAGGAUGUCACCCCACCAGCAGGGGGUCACCUGCUAUCCCAAGUUGAAAACUAAUAAUAGUACUACCAGAUCAAACCUCAUUCGUUUGUAAAUUUUAUUUUCUCAUCAUGGUUUCUAUUUGAAGAAGAAAAAAACAAGGCAAGAAAUUUUCUUUCUUUCUUCCUUAUCAUUCGCCGACUUAAAGGAUUAAAUUGCCAACCUAUUAGUUGCAGGGUUUUGAUUAUGUAAGAUCCAUUGACUUCUAGAUUUCUUACAACAACUUGUAUUAUUGGUAUUCACUCUUAUUGAUUAUGGUAUCAUGAUCACAAGUAUAUCGUAUUUGAAUUUCCGUUAUCUCUAACGUUAACAAUUGAAUUAAACUCAAACCCAAACGAAAUUCAUAAAUUGACUUCCUAUAUUAGUCAACACUGAUUUUAGAUUCAUGUCAUGUAAGUAGGACCAAAGUUGGUACUGUUGGUCUAACAGUACAACCCAUGUUUAAUUCUGUGGCUAAUGACAAACAUUUGGGGUACUGUUAUAACCAGAAACCAUGCAUUAAUGCAUUAUCAUAUAUUCCCUCUUUUCUUCCCCUGACUAACCUAUUGAUCAUUCGUCGAUUGUGACACUGAAAUCGGGCAGUUAGCUAGGAAACCGGGUCACAUGACGAACCGGCCCAGAGAGUAUUUACGACAUGUGCAAGUGUUUGGGGCUGUAGCUCGUCCUCACUCGUCUUCAACAACGGCUGCAUUAUAGUCUUGGAUUCGACGUUUUGUUAGCUGAUAUGUUUUGGGACCCAAACACAUUCUCAUUUAAUAUUUUUUUUGGACGAAACAGAAACAGAGACUGGGAAGCCAACAGUAAGAAGGGAUGGAGCUGGGGGAGGACGUUGGCCUUUGUCCCACUUUGGUUUGCUCUUUUCUGUUUGCCUUUUGCAGGGCACCCUAUUCCAUCUCACCUACUGGGACACCGGCCGGGGACCCUCUUCUUCUGUUUCUGCCCUAAUAACUUCGAUUCUUCUCCCUAACCAUCAUAUGAGAGGGGGAGGAUGUGUAGACUUGUUCUUUUCCCAAUCAUAAUUUUGAUUCGAAAAAUGUGGCAAACACGCAGAUUGCCUUGUUUUACUUGUAGGGCAUAUGAUGUAGAAAUUUCGAUAACGAAUAGUCGUAUCGGCAUCUGAAACAAAUUGUAAACCUGUGGGGAAUGGACAAACUUCUAUGGACUCAACAAUCGACCGAGAAAAUUACUCUCUAUGUAGGUGUGAGCUGUAGUAACAAUGAUUUGGGGUGUUGAUGAGGGGACUCGUCAUCGAUCGGCUAGUAGGAGUGAUACUGUUGUCGUAGUAGAAUCAAGUUGUAGGGUUCUCGACAUCCAAGGUGUUAGGCAGGCUGCAGAACCUCAACGCUCCCCUCUCGGGUGGCAGGAAAUUUCCACACGGGUAAUCGAACGUGACUCCAUAUAAUAUUGUAAGAAAAAUUAAUAGGGUAAGCCACCACAGGAACAUCAAAACUUAAAAAAAAGUGUCAUUUCUGUCAUGAACUUAUUCUUAUUGACAAUAGAGUCCUAAAUUUCGAAAGUAUCUUACCCUUUGCGUCCAUAUUUUUCAAUAUGCCUCCUCUACUACUAUGUUUCACGGAAAGAAUACCCUCUAUUUUAAUUAACAAUAUUCUCAAACUUAUCACUUUGUUAUAUUUUCCGUACAAAACCAUUAACUCCGACUAGACAAUAGACAAUGUCAAUUAUCGAUUUUCACUUGACUUGACCACCCGCUAUUUAACCAUUUGAUCCAUGUUGAAGUUCCCAACACCAUUUAUGAAGAGUAGAGGACUUGUAUCUUUUGGAACUGGUAUAUGUGCAUGCAAUGUGGAUAUGGGAAUCACCAUGUAUUUGUGCGUUGCAUAGAGUGGUCUCAAUCAAUCUUAAAGCCCAGGCUGAAUGCUCAUCACUUUUUUCCCUUUCAUCGUUUGGAAUACAACUUGGGAUAUGUAGCCCAGUCUCUACACUUAUUGCAUUCUCUAAAUGUUUACUGGUAAAAUAAUAAAAUUAAUAAACGGCAUCGUUUAAU